AAAGAAUUUAAGUGCUCAUGCUAGUUUGUCAUACGGGUAUUGGAUAUUGAAGAUGUCUCCGACCUUCGUAACAGCACUAAGGUUCGACCUUCAGUUUGCUACCAACCUUCAUCAGUGGACGAUACCCUUGAAGCGUUGCCUAAGGUUACUCGAUCUCGGUUUUAUGGGUUUGGUGUUAUUAGGAAAUGUACUGUAGAAGUAUGCGCCCUGUGAGUCUUUCUGUACACAGAAGUGGCAACGUAGUUGGUAUGGGGUUAUUAAGAUCUAAAGGGAUGGUUAUACUGGCUGGUAACUCUCACCCUGAGUUAGUUAAGGCUGUUUGUCACCAUCUUGACGUUCGUCCUGGGAACUGUUCAGUAUUUUUCCGAUCAAGUCGCGAGACGGAUGUUGAGAUUAAAGAAACUGUCAGGGGCCGAGAUGUCUAUAUUAUACAAUCAGGAACUAAGGAUGUCAACAAUGACAUUAUGGAGCUAUUGAUUAUUGCUCAUGCAUGCAGAUCAGCUUGCGCUCGUAAAGUCAUUGCAGUAGUACCGUACUUACCUUACUCAACACAGAGCAAAAGAAGAAAGCGUGGCCCUAUCACCAGUAAACUUGUAGCUAAAAUGCUCUGCGCUUCAGGAAUCAACCAUUUGAUCACUUUGGACCUUCAUUCAAAAGAGAUCCAGGGGUUUUUCGAUGUUCCGAUUGACAAUUUACGUGCUUCUCCGUUUUUGACAAAGUACAUUGAAACAUACAUAACUGAUUAUCGAAACGCAGUUAUUGUUGCUCGAAAUCCCGGAGUAGUACCUCGAGCUAGCAGUUAUGCUGAACGUUUGAGGUUACCAUUAGUUGUUAUUCAUGGCGAAGAAAGAGAUGAAAGUGACAAUACUGACGGUCGCAAUUCCCCACCUUUGGAUCAAAGUAUUGUGGAAAAAAGAUGUACACAAAUUGGCCUUGAACUUUUACCUAUGAUGAUACCUAAAGCUAAACUACCUUUAACCUUGGUUGGAGAUGUGAAUUCAAGAAUCGCUAUUAUAAUUGACGACAUUAUAGAUGAUGUAUCAAAGUUUGUUACUGCUGCUGAGCUACUGCAUGAACGAGGUGCAUAUAAAAUAUUUGUUAUUGCAACUCAUGGUCUGCUCAGUUUAGAUGCACCACGUCUAUUGGAAGAAAGUCGUAUAGAUGAAGUAGUUGUAACUAACACAGUACCACAUGAAGUACAAAAAAUGCAGUGUCACAAAAUUCGUACCGUUGAUAUAAGUCCAUUAUUGGCAGAAGCUAUCAGACGUAUUUAUAAUGAUGAAUCUAUGUCUUAUCUUUUUAUGAAUGUACCUAAAGACGAUUAAAUCUCUUCUUUUCAUAUUUGUUGUGAAAAAGACAAUCUUAAAUUAUUUAUCAUUUAAAUACUAAUUAGUUUAAGUUGUAAAAUAAUAGAAUUAAUACCCUAAUUCAUUUACUUAUAGUCGUAUUUACAAUCAAUUCUUUCCUGCCAUUAAUUAAAUAAUUCCUGUACUCUUAGUCAAGUUUUCGUUUUCCUCACAUGAAAGUUGUACACAUUUAGCACACGUUAUGGUGAGUACUGGUGAUCUAGCUCAACACUAAAAUUGUACUGGUUGUGUUGUUUCACAAAAGCUUUUUCUCUCAAUCCUAACGUGAUAGUUCGCUUAUGCUGUCCUAUGAAUAAAGUUGGCAUUCUAAACAUCGUGUUUUUUCUUGGUUAUAUUUUAUGUGCAACAACUACUUCUGACUCGCUAAUAAGUUGUUAUCAAGAAGUGGAGUUAUUGUUGUGCUAUAGAAGAAUAUGUAAGACAUCUAUUCUAUUUGGUUUUCUCUGCUUGGUCACUUGUUGAUUGAGGACUGGGGAAGUGGUUAGAUAAGCAGCUGAUGAUAUAUGUUAAUGUAUCAAGUUGCUACCUUCAUGGCCAACCAGGCACCUAGUCGAAUACUUUCAUCAAGCAGACUGUUUUGAUUUAAUGCAAAUCUAUGCUUUUGAUGUAUACACCAAUAGGUGUUGAGGUUAGUUGCUAUCAUGGUCAGUGGCAAAUUGACGGAUGACUGGACUUUCAAUGGUGCUUAGACAAUUAAGUGUCAAUAGACACCCGUUUACUCACAAUUGAUUGAUCACUGGGUGGUGAUCAAUGUCAUGUGUGUCAAGUCCUUCUUAGUGCAGAUCGAAUGCUAUCCACCAUGUUGCAAUGUGUCCACCAGUCUAGGUGACUCGACACUGCGUGCACUAUGUUGAGAUUAGAUGGUGGUUUGAGGUAGUCGACAGGAAACCCUGCAUACUGGUUUUGUGCUACUAACUACAAUUUAGAACUAAAAUGCAAUUAAAUGUAUAACUUUAAUCCAUCUGGUUACAUGACGAAUACAGAUUUUCUCAAAUUUAUAUAACCUUUAAUUUCCUUAUUGGUAAGCAGGACACUAAUAAUUUCAUCGUAUUCAGCCUGGUUGUAGAUCCUAUGAACACAAAUAAAUUACAAAAGACUUAUCUUUUGUAAAACAUAACAUCGAACAAAUUCGGCAUUUACAUCAAAGUAUGAAUGAUUGAAGAAUUGUUACGAAAUCUGAUAUGUAGCGGAAGUGCAUCAGUGUUCCAUGAAAACUAAUGGUUGAGCUUUAACUGAGUCAUUAAUUAAUUUUUGGAUUGUAUGAUCUUAAAUUCGGUGAUUACUGGGUACUUUUCCAAGUAUCAGAUGGCUGUUUUCAAUUGCAUAGAGGUCUUGGGAAUCAAAUGUUUUGUUCCGAUUGUCUCUGAUUAUGAAACUAAGUUAGAAUGCAAGAGGCUUAAAUGAAUAACGAUAAAUAUAUUAGUUUAUUAUUCAUAUUAUUAUUACUUUCUCUAUUGUUUAUUAUUAAAAUGAUUAGAAAAAAUAUAUUUGAGAAAAUUAAGCCUAGAAAUCGACACAUAAAAAAGUGCAAUUCAUAUCGAUCAAGGUUAUUAGGUUUUGAAUUAAAUCUACAGAACAUUUUCUUUGCAUUACCAUAGAAUAUGUACAAGUUUUGUUUCAUUUGAAUCACGGCAGGCAAAUUAACAGAAAUGAUCUUAACCUAUUUUAGGGAAAUCGAAAAACAGUAGACUACCAACUGAUUAGUUGAAAAAAUACAUUAUUGUAUUCCAUCUCAGUAUGUGAAAGGUAUCAUGACUAGUGUAAUAUCUGACAGUCCUAGGUUCUUUUAUUCACUAUGCGACCAUGAGUAUACGUUGAUGAGACGUUUUAAUUCUGGUCUUUAUUAGUUUACGAGCAAGCAUUGGCCAACAAUAAAAAGUUACUAGGGAGAUAUGAUAUUCUUUACAAUAUGUUUUGUAAAUGAAUAUGUUUAAUGUAAUCAUUGCGUGUUACCUCUUGAAAAAAUUAUUUAUGAAGGAUGAAUCUAUGUAAAUCGACUGUUGUCGAGUUUAGGACUGCAAAUAUUUACACCUGUUACCCCUGAUGGGGGAGCACAGGCUGCCCGUCGCACGAACGCUUAGCCUCUAAACAUUCGUGUUUAAUUAUUGACUACAAAUUUAUUAGUUAUCGAGGCAAUUUGUUCCAUAUUGGAUUCAUCAUCUGUCCAACAACUCAUUUAAAUCAUAUUUCCACGGUCAUUAUUUGCUUUGUUCCUUUUUCAAGUUAAACGAAAAUCUUAAUUGGAACAAUUGUCACUGAAAAUGUUAGCAUCAACUCUGAAUUUGUCUAUCAAAAACAAUAUUAAGUAUAUACAAUUAAUUCUUCAAUGAGUAGUCGCCGAUAUUUAUUAUUUUAUUUGAACACAUAUAUAUUGGUACAGAAGUGCGCCAAAUAUAUAUACGCCACACAAUUUCAGUUCAUUAAUUGCGUGUGGGCUGCGAUACUGCCCGGGUGCCCAGACCGAAGCAGGUCGCCGAUAUAAUGUCUGUCUGUUCCUUUUUAGUGGUAGUCGAACUUUAUCGUUAAGGUUGCAACUUGAUCGGUAAAUACACAGUUAUCAAUUAGUUGUAAAUAUCUCAGCCCUACAAAAGGUUAGUUGUGACUCGAAUAGCUCACUGAUAACAGACUGUGAGGUUCGUUGACACGAGAUCGAUUCCGCUAAGGACACCAACUCCCUCUAGAUUACAGGUAUGCCUUGCUGAUGAGUCCCGAAUAGAACGAAACUUAUGUCUAGGCUUCCUGUUGACUGCGUCCAACCACCUAACAUCUCAAUAAUGCAAAAUCCACGAGGUAUAUUUAUUUUUGCUAAUUUUUCUGUUAACUACCACUCCGCUUAAUCGUUUACUAAUCAUCAGUGUAAAGUGGAAAACCCAAGCCCUCAUAAUCAACAGUACCCGUUGAAUAUAUUAAUAGUUAUGAUGAUUUAGUAGCCUGGUGAGUGAAAUCUGGGCAUUUAAAUGGGCUAGGUACUGAAUUAGAGUUGGAUUGUGAAUAACAAUAUUAGGAUUCAGGUACGUCUAGCUGGAGAAAAUCACAACUAUGUGACACGUGGAUCCCACUAUUAGUCACCGUUCAAAAUAUAAUUACGUAAAUUCGGUUCAUCUUUUAAUAACACUCAUAAGCUAAUACAGACUGAUCAAUUCGACUUUAAAUAUUCACAAAAUAG